GCUGCAAAGUGCAACAGCUGCAAGCAAGUCUGCAUUACUCAGUCUCACUGAGACUCUCAGGCCCUGUUAUUUAGUUGGCAGUCCCGAGGCUUUGCAUGCAAAACAAAUAUGGUUGGAACACCUAUGGACCAAGCGAGACUUCACAACAUUUGUUCGUGGUAUGCAGAUAGUUUCUCCAAUGUUUGUGGUGAAAAGUUAAAACAAGAUGCUUGCUGGAUGAUUUCCUGAUGCCUGGGGCCCUUCGCCCAGUAGCAGUAGUCUGCUACAUCUGCGGGAGGGAGUUCGGAUCCAAAUCCAUUGGAAUACAUGAGCCACAAUGCAUGAAAAAAUGGAAAGCAGAGAAUAGCAAGCUUCCUAAGCACCAGCGUAGGCCACUUCCUAGGAAACCAGAGGUAUUCCCUUCAAUUGGUGGGACGUCAUCCCAGGAUAUAGAGCGGUUUAACCAAGCUGCAUUGAAGUCAUCACAAGCUCAGUUGCUACCAUGUCCAAACUGUGGGCGCACAUUCCUGCCAGACAGGUUACCAGUCCAUCAGAAGAGUUGUAAGGGUGGCAAUGCAAUAGACAGGAAGAAAUUGGAAAGUGCUGGCAGUGUAUCUAGAUCUUGGUCGGGGCCAGAGACCCAGACACCUAGACCACCCUCUACACAGGAGAGACCUGGAACAGCUACCCUUUCCCGUCCUAGUUCUGUUACCCUUCAACAGAGGAAACACAUAACCAUCAAACCUGUGAAAACCCCAGUUGAAAGGCAACAGGGCAACACCCAGGGGGGAGUCCGUUUCCAGCCAACACCACCGCCCCAACCUAAAUCUCAAUCAACAUCUACAGCACAGGCUUCUUCACCUAGGAAGCCUCAAACUGUCAUCUGCUAUAUCUGUGGAAGAGAAUUUGGAAGCAAAUCUAUCUCUAUACAUGAACCGCAAUGCAUGCAAAAGUGGAAACAGCAAAACAGUCAACUCCCAAAACACUUGCGCAGACCUCCUCCCAAAAAACCCCAAGGCCUUGGUCAAGGACAAGCCAUGGGUGGUGAUACAGAAGCUUAUAAUGCUAUAGCUUCUCAAAGUGCAAGUUCACAGCUUGCUCCUUGCUCAAAUUGUGGGAGAACCUUUGCUUUGGACAGGAUAGAAAAGCAUGAAUCCAUAUGCAGUGUGAAGUCUGGAGCUGCACCGUCACGUGGCAAGACACCAUCUGGAGGGAACCACCAAAUCAGCACUUCCAAAUCUGGGAGUGGAACUCAGAACUUUCAACCAUCUCCUCCUUCAAAGCCAAGAACACUUGUCUGUUAUAUAUGUGGCAGAGAAUUUGGCUCCAAGUCCUUGCCAAUCCAUGAACCUCAGUGCUUAGAGAAGUGGAAAAUACAGAAUGGCAAGCUUCCCAGGGAACUCCGUAAGCCAUUGCCAAGAAAACCAGUUGCUUCUAGAGGAUCAUCAGGAAAUGAUGCUGCCUGGGAUGCUGCUAAAGCAAACCUUGUGGCCUGCAAGAACUGUGGCCGAACCUUCAAUCCUGAUAGAAUAGAGAAACAUCAGUCAGUAUGCAGACCGAAAACAGGGACUGUGGUCAGACCAACAACAGCCACAUUGAAUAUUGGGAAGGAGAACCAGAUGAAAAGCUCAAAGCCAAGGACUCCGAAGACUCCUAUCCCUCGUCGGCCACCUACUGUGGUCUGCUACCUCUGUGGACGGGAGUUUGGUAGCAAGUCAAUAUCCAUUCAUGAACCACAGUGCCUCAAGAAGUGGCACAUUGAGAAUGAUAAGCUACCCAAGAAGCUACGCAGGCCUGAACCAGUUAAGCCUGUUGUAACAGUCAUCCCUACUACAGGGAACAAGAGUGGCAACUAUAAUCUUGAUGCCAUGAAUGAUGCAGCAUGGAAAGCUUCACAAGCGAACCUUGUGCCUUGUGACAACUGUGGCCGCACCUUCCUACCAGAUAGAUUAUUAGUCCACCAGAGAUCCUGCAAGCCUAAGAAACAAAGCCUUGAAACACUUUGAAUAAAUCACGUUGACGAUGUAAGUUAGUCUCGUUGCCUCUGAGCCUCUGAUGAUGUUGAAAUAAUAUUAAAAUGGGACUGCUGAGAAUGUUAGUCCUAUCAAGUAUUGGUAGAUAUGGCAAACUAUUUGAGAGAGAUCUUCUCCAUGUAGAGCUCACAAAAUGGUGUUAAACUGACCUAUUUCUUUUUCUUGGGAACCCAUUAGUCUGAUUUCAUGGAAGUUGAAAGAAACUUUUUUUUUCGAAGUUCAAGAUAUCAUCAGCACUGGGCAAGUACAUGUAUUCUACAAGGGAGGUGUCAAGCAUUGAUUGAUCUAAAACACAUCUGCAAGAUGAGCUUAUUUGACACUCCAUCUAUUGAAACAGGCUGGGAAUAAUACAUAUUGAAUACAGUAUUUCUUCACAUGACAAAAGAUCUCUUAAGUCUGUAAUGACAAGAGAUAUGUUUUUUUAUACUUUACAGGAGUAUAAAACAAACUUUAAUAGACCUUGGCUUUGUUAUAUAACCAGGGCUCUGUAACACAAAGAUUAGCGAUAAAUCGCUAAAUGAACUGACUAAUCAGUAUCAAUGUUACACGCGCA